CCCGCAAACGUUAGUUUCUUGUGAACUUUACUCUAUUUUCAACGUCUUUUCAACAUUACGUAAAAUGGACAGAUAAUGUGAACGUUUCUGAACACUUACUUAGUACAAUUUUAUUGCAAUUUUACAGCAAUGGAGUGCAUUCAGUAUUUGAUGUAUUUUUUAGUUUUAGUUAAUAAUUUUAACCGUAAUGUAUUCGUGGAAAGCGGUAAGAAGAAAAUUUAUUUAUGGACAUCCAUGGUCACCACAAAGAGGACUGAGUUAGAAUGCGAAUUCCCGCCUAAAAUGGAAGAAGAUCUCACUCAUGUAAGAAGAAAAAGACUAACAACUGAAACUGGAUUGGUCUGUCUAGAAGACUAUCCCUAUACGGUAUCUGUAAGACUACAUGGUAAGCACUGGUGUGGUGGAGCAAUUGUUGGAAAAGUGUGGAUACUCACUGCAGCACAGUGCUUCGACUACGUUACAAAAGAAGAGGUAUCAGUUCGGAUGGGAUCCGUGUUCAGAGAUUUCGGCGGGAGGAUAUUGUCAGUGGUGGAAAUCAAGAGACACCCGGACUACAGGAUGGAUCAGUACUAUCCGGAACAUAACUUAGCCAUGGUCAAGGUGAAUCUGCCGAUAGCUGAAAACAGCAGAAUGCAGGUCGUAUCAUUAGCUGGCCCUGAUGCUGAUCUGCCACAGCUGUUCGGAGAAACUGUUGUUACUGGAUAUGGUUCUGUGGUGACUGGGCAAAUUAGAGAAGGAGAGAAUCAAGAAUUGCGACGAAUGAUAGUUCGGGAAGUAAGCCGCAGUGAAUGUCGAUUGAUUUACGGGAACGAUUAUCACCUACAACAUGACAAUAUGUGCUUACAAAGCGUUAUAAAAGGAGUUGCGUUAUGUGCUGGUGACACAGGUGAUCCGGCGGUUCAUUUUAGUGGCCUCAAUCGCGCGGGCACACUUUACGGCAUAGCACUGUUUUCCGGCACUGAAGAGUGCGCUUACAAGUCGAAACCAGGAAUUUUUGCUAAGGUUGCAUACAGCCGAUUAUGGAUUGACAAAGUGCUCGGAGACAUUCCUGAUCACCCGGAAAGCGCUGACAGUACAGAAAACCUCAUCCCAGUCGACAUAAAAUAAAAUAACUUGAUAACUUUAUCAUAAUUACAGUACAGCAAACGUAAAUGUAUAAAUUAUUUUUUAGAAUAAAUAUUAGCAAUGAUUUA